CAACUUCAUACAUUGGAUUUCGGCAGCAUUUCAAACUUCAUGGAAAGGCAUAAGUUGAACUCACGUUAUCGCUCGUUGAAACGGAUAUACUGACAUGCGCUUAUGCUUACUUGCUUUGACAUGGCUUAAUUUUUUCUCUGCAGUACUCAGCAGCUAUGAAGAAUACAUUAUACUACCUGUCAAUUCAAAUUACUGUCAGGAUCAUCCUUUUUUCCGAAGAUUUUCACUCUCACGGCAAAUGAGUUUUGUAACUGGUGUGUACAACUCAUCGUGGAACAAUCUGCUGUAUGCUUGUAAAAUCAAAGUAUAUCCAAAUGGAAGACUGCUUCAUUAUUCCUACCCCGAAGGACAUACAUCCUAUUGGUUUCACAGACUCAAAAUUUCUAUCAAUUUUACUUCUUGUAAUGAUUUUUUAACUGUUGGAUUUAUCCCUGAAGAAAUUACACAACCAUCACUGUUACCAUAUGAACAAAAUAUUACCUGUACCUCAAAAUUCCCACAAAUUAUUGAUUCCAAGCAUCGUAUUAUAUCACUUGUUUGGUAUACAGAAUCUGGUUCAAUUGAUGAGAUUAAUUCCCAGCUAGAUGUUCAAAUGUCAGCAUAUAUGAGGUUUGAAGGAAGUUUCAAUCUUAUCGACAAAAUGCGUAGAUGUGAAGUAGGCUCCGGAUUUUGGUGUGGAAAUCAAACAGCUGUCUGUGUAUAUGGUCAAAUGCGUUGUGAUCAAGCCGAUGGUUGUUUCGAUGGGGGAACAGAUGAAAUUGGUUGUCCACCUGUUCGUAAUUAUACAUAUGUUCAACCAAGACGUCCAGUAAGCAGUUGGUCAGUAUACCUACCAUGGACAGCCUUGGGACUCAUUCCUUUGAUACUGAUUUUUGCUUUGGGACUUAUAUGUGCUCCUCGAAAGUCCCUGGAUGGUCUUGACGAAGAUGAUGAUGAUGGUGAUGAAAGUCAAGAAGGUGAAGGUUUGAAAACAGUUUUCUCCCCAAUGACUUCGUCGUCAGCUGCUUCGCCUAGUUUAUCUGCAUCUAGUUCACCCAGAUCAAUACAGUCGAUAGCUGUUUGUUCAAAUGGUGAAAAAGUGAUUGUCUGUGAUUCUGAAUUGACACGAUCACUUUCUCAUCCAAGUUUAUCUGAUAUGGUUCGUGCAUCACUUGCUAAUAAUAAUAAUAAUAAUAAUACUAAUGAAAAUCAUAAAAGACAAUCGUAUCAACCGGGUUAUAAAGUUGAUAUGGAAGAGGAGAAUAAUGAUUCCUAUCAUCAACAAAAGAAAUCUAAUUACAAUUUAGAAAAUGAUGACUUACCUCCAGAUUAUAAUAGAGAUACUCAAAAUUGUAUGAAAGAACAUUCAGUUGGAUAUUUCAAUGAGAUUCUGAAACCGCCAAAAUCUAGAGCUGUCACGUUUCAGUUGCCUGAAAAGUUUGAUCAAAAAUCAGUAACAGAUUUAUAUCAAGAAAUGAAUAACUCAGAAGUGAAGAAGCCAACAACACAUGAGAGUCAUGUAAGUGAUGCUCAUCAACAAAUCACACAACCAAUUCAUACACCAAAACAAGGGAAAGCAAAUAAUAAAUAUGAGAGUCGGGCUAUACCAGCUUCAUUUGAAAUGGCUGCUUUAAGGAUGAGGAGUAUAAACAAUGCGAGAGAAAAUAAAACAAACCACAGUUUUAAUCUUAACUGUGAGAAUGGAAGCAAUUGUCCCCCAAAUACUUUCGAAACGGUGGGUCAAUGUAACAACCCUCAGAAUCAUUCAUCUUUAUCACUACAGAACAAUUCGGAACAUUUUAUUAGCAAUGAAGACAAUCUCAGUGAGUAGUAGUUUCUCGUUGACUAAUGUAAAAGUUCUUUUUUUAUUUGAAGCAAAUUUUUUUUGCCUAAUUGAGAAGCAUUCAUUCCAUCACUGAGAAUACAGAAUUAAAUUUACAUGAAUUAAACGUCAAGUAGAAUUUGAUUUUGGGUACAAAUCUUUCCCAAUACAAUAAAACUCAGUCAUGUAGAAAAAAUCAGCUACUGGACCAGCUAGGAAAGUCAUACACAGAUAGUAAAUAUUCGUACCUCAAACCAAUGUAUGGUUGAAUUAAACAACAGACUCCUUUCUGAAUGGCACCAUUCCAAUAUUUCUUUCAAGCUUCAACUUUGCAGUCACAUUUCCUUCGAAGCUGAAAGACCUAGUGGUUUUGUGAAAAAUACCAGUGAUUUCGCAUACAAAACAAUCAUCAAUCUCAGUCAACUUCAUCAGAAAGUGAUCGUGAAGAUGUGACACCAUUCAGACGCAUUGAAAACUCUACUUCAGUGAAUAAUCAUGAAAAAUUAAAUGGUUUACAAAUGCAUACUGAAAAUACAAGUAUUAAUCAUAUUAAGGGCAAAAAUCAAAAAUCAAGUUUACGAAAACAGCCAUUAUUAUCAUCCUCAGCAACACCAUCCGCGAACUCGAAUCAAAAAACCUCAAUCCUAGUAACAACUAAGGAUCCAUUGAUGUCAAGUGGUGAACAGCAUAAUUCUGAUUACGUAUUAUUAUGAAUAAAAACCAGUGUAAAUAUAUCUAUAUACAUAGUCUAUACAUAGUGUAUAACAUUUUGCUGGCAUUAAUGUUGUCACUUUUGUGUUAACCCACUCACUUCAUACAACAUCCCGUUGACUCUGUGCAUUUCAUAUAUAUAUAUAUAUAUAUAUAUAUAUCUUAGCAUUUUACAACAGAUUGUUUGCUAUCAUAAAAUUCUAUGAAACAUUAUAAUUGAUGGCUUAUACAAGUAGAUAUGCAUUCACAAAAAUCAACAAUCUUCAUUGUGUUCUAUUUUCAUUUUGAUUUUGUCUUUGUUUUUUUCAAUAAUCUUUUUUUUUCGUCUUUGUCAAUUGAUCAUGAUGAUGAUGAUAUCAAAUGCUGCCUAUAUAUUUUUAAUUUUCACAAGUUGAUUGAUCAUGUCAACAUGUUUUAAUGGGAUUAUUUUUCAGAUUUUUAUGAAUAAAAAACACAUACAUGUCUCAUACUCUACUACCACUAUUAGUACUAUAUAUUUCUUCUACUCUAAAAUAAGUUUAUUUCUCGCAUUCUACAAAAGUUAAUUCACAGUUAGCUCUUCUUAUUUGUCAACUGAAGAGUUUUCAUGCUGAGGGAAUUGUUGACAAACAGUCAAACUACUACUACUUGACAAAGAAUAAAUAGUAUGAGGAAAGAUGAUGAAUGCAUAUUGCAAACUGUACAAAAUUUGUCAUAUUUCACAUUACAUCUCAUAUGGAAAUGAUGUUUAAAAAAACAAAAAAAUUAAGAACUUUUAAACAAAUGUCAGUUGGUAGAUGGUUGGAGGUAAUUGAUAAGUAGCCUUACUUGCAUCCUAUCACCUCUAACCAUCUAACUAAAAGCAUUUUACAGUGUAGUAUGAUGGCCAAACCAAGUGGCACCUAGCAUGGUUGCUGUGGUGGUCACAUUGAAUUCAGUUUACAGCCCAAAGGACGCAUGACUGACUAUCUAGUGUCCAAAUAAAUGUCAGUAAUUGUGAAAGUCACAAAAAACUAAAGCAGAACAAUGAAUAUAAAGUGAAUAGACACAAAAAUAAAUUAGAUGUUGGUAUAAGAAUGCAGUAACAAAAGUGAUGAGUUGUCACAAACGAUUGUUAAGGAAGAGUUACACGAUAACAUGAAUAGUUUGAUGAAAAAGUUGUACUCAGGGUGUACAUGAAAACAAAAUAACAUAUGGAAUUACGUAAGAGUUUCAAGUGGUUAGAAACAUAUAUCUCUCAAGAUGAUAAUAAAGUUAGGUUUAGUCUACAAAACUGAAAUCCAUCGCUUUUCACCUACAGACAAUAAAUAUUUGCAAUUUAGUAGUGUUCUCUGAGCUGGUU